UCUCCCCCCCAUGGCUCCAUCUCUUCAUCCUCCACCUCCUCCUCCUCCUCCCAUGGCUGACACCGAUAACAACAAGCUCCUCCAAGAGCUCGACGCCCUCAGCCAAUCUCUCUACCAAGCUCACACCACUGGCCGCCGCACAGCCUCUCUCGCCCUUCCCCGUGCUUCCGAUGCAAUCACCACCGCAGACCACAACAAAACCACCACCAUCCCUUCCUCCGAUCCCCGCCAUCGCCCUCGCCGCUCCUCCAUGUCCCCAUUUCGCUCCCGCCGGCAACCGGAACCUACACCCUCCUCAAUCAUCCCUGACCCUCUGACCGACACAGAGAAGAAGGGGAUUUGGAACUGGAAGCCCCUUCGUGCCAUUUCACACAUCGGAAAGCAACGCCUUUCCAUCCUCUUCUCCGUCGAAGUCGUCGGAAUCCAAUCCCUUCCAGCAUCGAUGAACGGUCUCCGACUCAUUAUCAGUGUCCGGAAGAAGGAGUCGAAGGAAGGGGUUGUUAAUACCAUGCCCGCCAGAGCGGUGCAGAGCACCGCCGACUUUGAAGAAACUCUUUUUAUCAAAACCCAUGUUUAUUGCAGCGGCGGCAGAAACACCGGUAAGCCACUCCGAUUCGAACCUCGUGUUUUCAUCAUUUCCACCAUAGCAAUCGACGCCCCAGAGCUCGAAUUUGGUGGGAGCUCCAUUGACCUGAGCUCUUUAGUGAAGGAAUCCAUAGAGAGGAGCUUGGAGGGGUCUAGAAUUAGGCAAUGGGACAUGACAUUCAAGCUUUCAGGUAAAGCCAAGGGAGGAGAAUUGGUAAUGAGAUUAGGGUUUCAAAUCAUGGAGGAUGGUGGAGUGGGAAUUUAUGACCAAGAAGCUGAGGUUCCGACGAAAUCAGGCUUCAAGGGCUCCGACAACUCGUCUUCUUCCAUUGCUCGACGGCAUUCGAAGUCAUCGUUCAGUAUCUCCACCACAAGAAAAGAAAUCCUAAAUCCCAAUCAUUCACUCCCUCUCCUCCUCCACUCAUUUCCCUCAACCCCAUCCAAACUCCUUUGGCCCCUUCCCUUCACCUCCAUAAGCUCACUCGUCUCUCCCCCCCAUGGCUCCAUCUCUUCAUCCUCCUCCUCCUCCUCCAGCUCACUCGUCUCUCCCCCCAUGGCUCCAUCUCUUCAACCUCCUCCUCCUCCUCCCAUGGCUGACACCGAUAACAACAAGCUCCUCCAAGAGCUCGCCCCCCCCAGCCAAUCUCUCUACCAAGCUCACACCACUGGCCGCCGCACAGCCUCUCUCGCCCUUCCCCGUGCUUCCGAUGCAAUCACCACCGCAGACCACAACAAAACCACCACCAUCCCUUCCUCCGAUCCCCGCCAUCGCCCUCGCCGCUCCUCCAUGUCCCCAUUUCGCUCCCGCCGGCAACCGGAACCUACACCCUCCUCAAUCAUCCCUGACCCUCUGACCGACACAGAGAAGAAGGGGAUUUGGAACUGGAAGCCCCUUCGUGCCAUUUCACACAUCGGAAAGCAACGCCUUUCCAUCCUCUUCUCCGUCGAAGUCGUCGGAAUCCAAUCCCUUCCAGCAUCGAUGAACGGUCUCCGACUCAUUAUCAGUGUCCGGAAGAAGGAGUCGAAGGAAGGGGUUGUUAAUACCAUGCCCGCCAGAGCGGUGCAGAGCACCGCCGACUUUGAAGAAACUCUUUUUAUCAAAACCCAUGUUUAUUGCAGCGGCGGCAGAAACACCGGUAAGCCACUCCGAUUCGAACCUCGUGUUUUCAUCAUUUCCACCAUAGCAAUCGACGCCCCAGAGCUCGAAUUUGGUCGGAGCUCCAUUGACCUGAGCUCUUUAGUGAAGGAAUCCAUAGAGAGGAGCUUGGAGGGGUCUAGAAUUAGGCAAUGGGACAUGACAUUCAAGCUUUCAGGUAAAGCCAAGGGAGGAGAAUUGGUAAUGAGAUUAGGGUUUCAAAUCAUGGAGGAUGGUGGAGUGGGAAUUUAUGACCAAGAAGCUGAGGUUCCGACGAAAUCAGGCUUCAAGGGCUCCGACAACUCGUCUUCUUCCAUUGCUCGACGGCAUUCGAAGUCAUCGUUCAGUAUCUCCAGCCCGAGGUCCAUGCGACGGACACCGUCUGCGCCGCCAACCAAAGAUGGCAAUUCAGCCCUUGAAUUGAAAGGGAUUGAAGAUUUCAACUUAGAUGAAGACACUUCUCCAAAAUCUCAACUUGAACUAGAGGCCAAGGUUGAGGACCUCGAUCUCCCUGACUUUGACGUGAUCGAUAAGGGGAUUGAGGUCGGCGAUGGAGGGGAAGAAGAGGCCAAGGUGGCUAAGGCGGCCUCGGCCUCGAGCGAGGUGGUGAAGGAGGUGGUCCACGACAACGCGCACUCACUCAGAUUGACUGAACUUGACUUAAUUGCAAACCAAAUCAAGGCGCUUGAAUCCAUGAUGAGCAAAGAAGGAGGAGAAGCUCAGGGGCUUGAUGCAGAGGAAGAAAGGGCAACAAGAGAGUUCCUUCAGAUGCUGGAGCUUGAAGGUGAUGAAGAUACAGCAAACUAUUCAUUAAAGGUUGAAGAUGAAGAAGUCCAUCCCAAAGAAGAAAAAAGCUAUCUGUCUGACUUAGGGAAGGGUUUGGGUUCUGUAGUUCAGACCAGAGAUGGAGGAUAUCUGACCUCCAUGAAUCCAUUCAACAUCAAAAUUCAGAGAAGAGAGAUGCCGAAGCUCGCAAUGCAGAUCUCCAAACCCAUCAUCAUCACCGAUUCAAACACGUCGGCAGGAUUCGAGUUCUUCCAGAGGUUUUCAGCGAGGGGAUUUCAAGAACUCGAAUCGAAGCUUCAAUCGCUGACCUCCAUGGAUGAGCUGGAGGGCAAAACUGCGGAACAGAUUGCUUUUGAAGGAAUUGCGGCUGCCAUUGUUAGCGGAAGGAAGAAAGGAAUGGCGAAUUCGACGGCAGCGAAGUCUGUAGCUGAUCUGAAAUCAAUGGCGAGAGCAAUGAAUGAGGGGAGGGAGGAGAGGAUUUUGAGCGGGAUUUGGAAUGUGAGGGAGGAGCCAUCGAAGUCUGUGGAGGAAGUUCUCUGUUUCUCGUUGCAGAAGAUGGAGGUGAUGGCGGUGGAAGGGUUGAAGAUGGAGGCUGGGAUAGAGGAAGAGGAAGCCCCUUUCGAGGUCUCGCCAGUUCGCCAUGGGAGGUGGAUUCUGGACUCUGCGGCGGAGAUUGAGGAAUGGUUGCAGAGAGUUGAUGGUGGAGCUAAAGAUUUGAUUUUGAUGGUGGUGGUGCAGUUGAGGGAUCCGGUGAGGAGGUAUGAGGCGGUCGGAGCUCCGAUGAUGGCGGUGGUUCAGGCGGCGGGCCAGGGGGAGGGGAAGGGAUUGAAGGUGGGAAGCAUGCAUUUGGGGGGGAUGAAGAUGGGGUUUGGGAGGAGGAGGAGUGUUUGGGAUGGGGAGAAGCAGAGAUUGACAGCGAUGCAGUGGUAA